CCUUGCGUGUCCCGGAAGUGAAAGCGGAGGACUGAUGUGUGUCUGGAGAGCAGGAACCUGUCGGUAACAUUUGUGUUUAGCGGUGGUUUUCUGGAUUAGAAAAUGGACACGUUAAAUAAACUGAAACAGUUUGACGCUUAUCCCAAAACUCUGGAGGAUUUCCGAGUGAAGACGUGGGGAGGAGCGACCGUGACUAUCAUCAGCGGUGUCAUCAUGCUGAUCCUGUUUGUCUCUGAGCUGCAGUACUAUCUUACUAAAGAGGUCCACCCUGAGCUGUACGUCGACACGUCGCGAGGGGACAAACUGAAAAUCAACAUCGACGUCAUCUUCCCUCACAUGCCCUGCGCCUAUCUCAGUAUAGAUGCGAUGGAUGUGGCCGGUGAGCAGCAGUUGGACGUUGAACACAAUCUGUUCAAACAGAGGCUGGACAAAGACCUGAAAGCUGUCACUCUCGAGGCAGAAAAACAUGACCUUGGUAUGGCUGAUGAUGGUGAAGUGUUUGACCCCAGUUCACUGGACCCAAACAGAUGUGAGAGCUGCUACGGAGCUGAGACUGAAGACCUCAAAUGCUGUAACACCUGUGAUGACGUGCGGGAGGCGUACCGGCGGCGAGGCUGGGCGUUCAAAAACGCCAACACCAUCGAGCAGUGUAAGAGGGAGGGCUUCACACAGAGGAUGCAGGAGCAGAAGAAUGAAGGCUGCCAGGUUUAUGGCUUCCUGGAAGUCAACAAGGUGGCAGGAAAUUUCCACUUUGCUCCAGGAAAAAGUUUCCAGCAGUCUCAUGUCCACGUGCACGCUGUGGAAAUUCACGACCUACAGAGUUUCGGCUUAGACAACAUAAACAUGACCCAUCUGAUAAAACACCUGUCGUUUGGUAAAGACUACCCCGGCCUCGUUAACCCUCUGGACGAGACGGACGUCACAGCGCCACAAGCAUCGAUGAUGUACCAGUAUUUUGUGAAAAUUGUUCCUACCAUCUACGUGAAAACUGAUGGCGAGGUGGUAAAAACAAACCAGUUCUCGGUCACCAGGCACGAGAAAGUGGCCAACGGGCUAAUAGGAGACCAGGGGCUGCCGGGCGUCUUUGUUUUAUAUGAGCUGUCACCCAUGAUGGUUAAAUUCACAGAGAAACAAAGAUCAUUCACACACUUCCUAACAGGAGUUUGUGCCAUUAUUGGAGGUGUAUUUACAGUGGCCGGUCUGAUCGACUCGUUCAUCUAUCACUCAGCUCGGGUCAUCCAGAAGAAGAUAGAGCUGGGCAAGGCUUCCUAACGGCGCCCCCACCCCCCACUGGCCUCCACGGUGCAAAACAGACCAAGACACGGACACAGAAAGAAGAGACGGACAGACGGACAGACAGACAGACAGACCGACAGACGGCCAGAGGGAGAAGUUUUGAAACCGAAUCAAGUAGUUUUUUUUUUUUUUUUUUUUUUUUCUCCUGUCAGAUUGAGUGAGAAAUACAGAGAGAGAGACAGAGAGGUUUUAAAUUAGCCACGUUUUUAAUUCCUUUGUCUCUCUUUUCAUUCUGGAAAAGCACAGGAGAGGAACUUGCGGUCCUUUUUGAAUUUUGCUCUCUGUUAAAUUAAAUGCCAACAGGACAGAGUCAGAAUCAGACAUCGACGGGCGACGUUUAGUGAUUGAACUCGAGCAGAAAGGAGGAGGCCUCAUCUGCCUCCAGAAGCUUCUUCCUGGAAAAAAGGGGACUUCCUUCCCUCGCUCCUGUUAGUUAACGUCCUGCUUCAGCGCCGCUCACCACUCAGAUCGCUACAUUGGAUGUUCGUGAGACGAUCUGUGGUCGAUCCUUUGUUCCAGAGGGGUGAGGGUGAGAGGGCUCGGAGACUUUUUAAAGGAAUACGUCACCCACCAUUUUCACUUUUCUUAUCGGUUUCUCAUCCCUUGCAACAUGGUCUGCUUGAGGAAACAAUGUUUGUACUCCCAUUUCUUUUAACAGAAUCAAAGACAGACCUAGAUAAUGUUUUCUCAUGAGUACAAGAAAGUUAUUGUGUGAUCUCAAUGUAAUACAUUUAUUGAGAUCAGAAAAUUCUUGUUUUGGUCCUAGGAUUCAAGGAUAAAUCUGGUGAUAUUUUGUCCACAAAUCCCAUGAAAAGACCAAAUCCAACUAUGAACUGUUACCAAUAACAAUUAUUGUGUGUGUACGCAAAGCCUAAUAUAUCUUCUUCCUCUGUGCCAUAGAGCUUAAUUGUUGUCCAAAUACUAUUAAAAACACAUCAGUGAGCAACACUGUUGCACUGGGUGACAUGUUUCUUCAUCACCACCAUGAACACACACACACAGUAGUCUAUUUUGUCUCAAUCCCACGUACACCGUCCUGCUGCCACAUGUACUCACUAGAGCACCGAAUGUGUAUUAGUCCGCUGCUGAAAAUAGUCCCCAACA